UAUUGAAAUGGUCGGUAUCUAGUCAAAAUCUUAAGUGAUGGUAUUGUUCUUUUGCUGUUAGUAUGCCUUAUCCUAGAUUCAACUGUGCAUCAUUUUCCAUUUCUAGUAACGGUGAAAGACGAAUUUAAGUAUUUGUUAAAGUAUUCAUUUCAAUGCUCUUGUAGAUAAGACACGGUGAAAUAUAACUUGAACGAUGAUAAAUCCAUAAUUAAUUAAAACAUGUGUCAUAUAUAUUUUAAUAUUUAAACAUUAAUUUAUCGCAAGUUUCACGUGUUUACAAACCUUUGAAAUCAAACCAAAAAAGAGAUCGAAAAUAAAUAAGGACGAUACUGUUUAUGUCGUGCCGAUAAGACGAACGAACGCAAAUCAGAUGUUUAUAUUUAUGCUUCUUCAAAAGAUGCGGAUAGAGAUCAAAUUAAUUUAUUGGAUGAGAUUAAUCCUUCUUGAUAAAAAAAAAAAAAAAAAUAAAAUAAAAAGGAAAAAAAAUGAUGAAAAUAUAAUAUGUUAAAAAGAAACUAUCCGUUCGUUGUUACAGAAUUAUGGUUUUGUCGAAUACAACGGAUAACGCGGAAGAACCGUUUAUGCGCCGUUUUAUAUGUCGUGCUAGUGUAAAAAAACAGGAGUCCUUCGAAUUGCCAGCGAUACAACCAAGACGGAAAAUGAACAUUUUAUACGCAAUAAGUAUCUACCGAUUUAAAGGUUUCAGACAUAAAUGUACCAGACUGUCUACUACUGCUUUAGACUGUUUAAAUAAGGAAAUUCUGAUAAAAUCUGAAAAUUGUGCGAAGGAUAUCCCGAUUCCAAGUAAAUUUCUUGAAAACGAAAUUUUCCUAGACGAAUGUAAAAGAGACAUAAUGACAAAAAAAUGUCAAAAUUGGGACAUCAAAAUAGAGACGACAUUAUACGACGAUGAUUUACCAUUGUAUAACAUCUUCAUUCCGCGAUUAACAGGAAUAAAAAAGGAAGCUUUACCGAGCGAUUUUGUCAAAGAGAAAUCGGAAAUUACAUGUAAAAAUAAUAAAAAGGAUAAGAGAUGUUUGAAAACCGAAAAGAAUUUAAACGAGCCAAGUGAAAUAGAUGAAACGAGCAAAAAGGAAACACCCUAUACUCGUCUGAAUGAGGCAAUAAAGGAUCUCAAGGAACAUAUGGAAUUGUCAGAAUGUAAAAUUAAUCUAAUGAACUCGUCGAAAGUACCUCUUGAUCUUCGGAUCAAUUCCAACGUUCAAAAGGAAGGACCGACAGAUUACGUGCCUGGUAAAUACAAAACCUUUGAAGAUACUUUGAAGAAAACAGUAUCAAAAAAUAGCGAAAGUAUCGAAGAAAAAUUUGACGGAGAUUACCCGAUAGAUUUGCCACAAUGUCAAUAUGCCACUCCCGUUUCUAGAAAUAAUGAACUUAACAAAAAUAAAAAGAAAAUAGAGAAACCCAAGCGAAUGAGGCCGAACUUGGAAUCCACCAGAAAAUCCUCUCCUAUAGAUCUUACGAAAAAAAAUAUAUCCCCGUCUUCGGUACAGAGCACGAUUUCAACGAUAACGCCUAUCGUCACGUCAAAAUUCGAGACGGAGGAGAAGAACGAUGAUAAAUAUUCUUAUGAAAGUUUAGAAUUAAUGGAAAAUAUUGUUCCGUCGGUGCAGAAAUUUUUAAACAAUGCGCUUGGCAAUGAACGCUCUAGCACUUCUUAUAUUCCUAAUACCACGACGAAUUCAUACGAAGGAAAUCUAUGUGAAAAUAGAAUCGAGGAACCUGUAACACCUCCUACGGGACAAAUUCAUAAUCCUAGACUAUUGGCAAGCGAACCACUUCCGCAAGACAAUAUAAAUAGGAAAUCGAAAUUGUUCAGAUCUUUUUCGCAAAAAAUCAAAAGGAUAUCCCGAACAUUUGUCAAUACCGAGGAAAAAGGAUCCGACGAAUUCAUAAUAACUUUAAACCAAAAUGACAAAAUACAAGAGCUCUUACAAAAACUCGAGAUACAACAAACGUUGAUACACCAAGCGAGCAAGGCAUUGAAUUUAUGUAACGUUAUGAAAACGUUUCAACAUAGUACUCAACACGUCGAGUCCGAACGAUUAUUGCUUCUAUCGACUCUUAAGAAACAGGCUGUAUUGAGUGAAAUUAAACGGAUCAAUGGGCCAAUGAACGAUAACGUCGUUAAGUUAUACGAACAAGGCGAAGUUAAUAUCUCAAACAUCGGUUUGCGUCUUAAAGAAGACGCUUUAAUCUUGAUAAGUCAAACUCCAGACAUGUCCGAAUGGUUUAUCGUAACUGUGACACACGAAUCGAUGGUCUGGGCAACGAUCGCUAUGAAUUAUUCCAUCGACAGCUCAACGAAAAUUUCUUUUCCCGACACGAUAACCAUACCAAAUCUUGGUCCAAAUUUUAAAAUCUUAAUCACCAUCUAUAGCUUGCAAUUGAGAAAUACUUAUUACAAUAAAAAGGAGGGACAUUCUUGUAAUAAUAACAUAUCCUGUCCUUCGCCUACUAACUUAUGGAGGAGAACUGAGAGAUCACGAGUGAGGCAAAAUGAAAUACAAUGUUCCAGCAUCAGGGAUACGUCCUUUGAACCCUCGGGAUAUGCCGAGUUGACACUUCAGGAUAUACACGAAGUUUCUCCUUGGUCCCUAUUAUCGGUACCUUCGAAUUCGAUCUUGCAAGGUUUAAUAGAUCUCGAGUUUUCUUGUAAGAUUCGGAUAUCGGUCGUUCACGCAGGCUUCUUGACACACGGCAACGAAGCCGGAGGAUUUGCCGCAUGGAAUCGACGUUGGUGCGUUCUCGAUGGUAGCCUCUUAAAAUUCUGGAACUAUCCACAAGAACACGAUUUGAGGCCUCCAUUAUUGAUCAUCGACUUGACUCAUUGCACCUCGAAUGAGGUACAGGUCGUUGAUAGGUCGCUUUGUGCCAAACCUCGAACGCUUAUGUUUAAAACUAUCAGAGAAAGAAUACCCCAUGAUAAAAGCAGUAUGUUCCUAGAGUGUAAUACUUCUUAUACUAUCAUAAAAAACUUGCUAUCGUGCGAUACGAUAACCGAUCUUAUGGAAUGGAGGUCAAAAUUAAAUUACGUGCUAUCCUUAUUGCGCAACUGGAACUCAAGAAGGAACGAUUUAAUUCCUACCACUGAAUUGUAAUAAUCUACCCGUAUGAUUCAAAUUAACGCGUCUUUCCUGGCUAUUAAACCUCGAUUAAUAAGAUUAAAGGUGAAAAAUCCCUGAAGGAAAAGAAAAAGAGAAAGAAAGAAGUAAUACAAUGACAAAAGGAUAAACGUUUGCCAAUUACAAUAUCGCCGCUCAAGUCAUCUUGAAAAUAGUUACUUUAAUGACAAUUUAAUCGAAAUAAUAUAAAAAUGUCUAAACGCUGCACAAAGUUCCUAAGUCGUUAGAAAUUUACUUCUUCGCUUGGUUGAUUGACGAUCGGUACUUUCCGUAUUCUCAUUAACGCGUUUCUUCUUUCUCAACGACCUCGUAGAACUUUUCGAAACUAUGUUCUUACUCGAUAUCGCGGUAGAAUGUUCACUGUCGCUAUUGGAAGAAAUCACCGUAAAGUGACACUUGUCCGGUCCCGGAGGAGUCUCAGACGGGGAAUUGGUUUUUACGGAUCUCGUAUGAUCCGUCAUAGAGAUAACGCUAUCCGUUAAAUUGUCCGAGGUAGAACUCUUUCGAUCGGAGUCCGUUUCUUUCUUCUCAGUUAGAAAUUUGGCAAAGAUCGAUGUGGGAAGUGGUAUAGGUAUAGGAACUGGAAUUGGUAUUGGUAUAGGAUAAGGUACGAGUAUCGUCACGGGAGGUAACAACGAUGUGGACGGAGCUUGGGCCGAAAAUUGGGAUUGAACAGGAUGAACCGAUGGCGUGUCGGUAUACAUCCUGAGAUCCGAGGGAUAUUUGCGUUGUCUGGAUUCGUCGGUACAGGAGCCAGGCGAAGGCGCUGCCUCCGACUGUAUAGGCGACGAAGAUGUCUCCGGAAUCCAAGGGGAGGAUUUUCGAAAUUUCCUCUGUUGAGAGUAUCGAACAUUUUCCCGACUUCUGGAUUCUCUACCUCGCAAUCCUUUCACGUUCUUCACGUGUAUAUCAGUUUUUUGUUCCAUAGCAGAUUUAUAGAUCUGAUGCCUAUCGUGCAAUUCACCACCGUCCAUCGGGUUUCCUAUCAUAUGUUGUUUGUUAUGAUCUACGAAAGACGAUCCUGAUUGGCUAAGAUUUAACAAAUUCGAAUCGGAAUAAGGAAGUCUACAAUGUAUACGAUCGUUCGCGCAAUGAUAAUACUUUUGAUAUUCUUGAUCUUUCAAUGUUUCCUUAACGGUCUCGCGAAUACUUUCGCCGUCCUCGCUCAUCUUCUCAUCUGCGUUCUCCGUCUUCCUUACGAAUGCUCUCGAUGUUGUAUUAACGUCCGUUCGCGUGCAAAAGGAAUUUCUUCUAAUUAUCUUGAGAGACAUAUUUUCAGAUUUCGCAACAUCGAUCGAUUCCUUACGAUCGAUUUCGACGUUCUGAGACAAAGGCGAGAGCCUACUAAUCGACUCGUCGUCGACGAUAAGGAUUUCCUCCGUCGAACUACGUGGUGAUUGACAGUUUCGAAGCCAAAGCUCGGGUGUUAUUAGUCCACCACCACCCUUUCCAGAAUCACUCUGGGAAGGGAUCGCGGUAAGUCCGUGGAGGGCAAGGUGAGUCUCGGUCUCUCGACAAAAUAUAUUCAUUUUGUAUUGAUUCAAGCACUUGUCGCUACAAAAUUGAAGCUGACUUUCGCCAUCCUAAAAAAAGAAAAAUCGAUCGAAUGGAAUAAAGAAAAUGUUGAUCGCAGUGUAGUCGUUAAGUUUUACCUGAAAAUCAACGUAACUGAUCGGAUUUCGUACGUGUCUGCACCAAUCACAUGUACGAGCUCUCUUGAAAGCGGCCCUUCGACCAGCAGCAAAGCAUGCUUCGCUACAAAAUUGUCCCAAUGCAUUGACCAUUCCGCAAGAGAGUGGAUUCGUUCUUCCUGGUUCCCACGUCUCACCGAUUCGUCCACACCAAGAACAGGAUAUUACUCUGUGUCCGACGUCCGUCAUUUCAUCUGUAACAUAUCACGACACCGAGAAUAUUACAUGCCAGGAUCGUUUUACGUGAGAAUUGAUCGUGGAUCCGCACGAUUUGCGAUUUGACAUAAUCCUAUCGUGAUAUAGUCCGAUCGAUUUCAACUCCUCGAUUCUUUUGAAAAAGAAAGAAAGCGAAAGGUUUUGAUCGAUCUGGAAAAUUUAAGUUUUUUCGUUGAUUCACCUGGACUACUCGAAGUUGAGUCGUUGUGAUAAGGUAAUCGUGAGGUAGACGGUAAAGUUUUGAUUUCUAAGGAAGAAGUUGCCGAAACUUUAUCGGGAUUCUUCGAAAUUUCGUUAGAAUAAUAGGAAGGAAUUAAUUUCGUUCGUAGAGAAUGAGAAAAGGCCGAUUGAUGAUUAGUAACCAUCGGCGAUCUCGACGAAGCCCCAUUAAAUAUGAAUUGUCGAUCCAUUUCAGGCAAGGUAUGUUUCGAAGUUGCAACGGGUGCAAAGUGAUCAAGAUUUAAGCCUCUGGUGUAGCCACUGUCAACUUUCUCAUAGCCGUACCAUCCCAACAAUUCACUCAUUGCCGUUGCUGCAUAUUCCUGAAAAAAGAAGAUAAAAUGAAAAAAAUAUCAAGAUCACUUUGAUUAGUUCGCUAUUUCGGAAAACUGUUUGGGAGAAAAAUAAAAUAAAUCACAAAAGUGUCCGAGAAUUCGUGCGAAUCCGAGGGGCGUUAAAAUUCUUCCUCGCAUCGGCGAGUAUCUUUGCGAACAAAUUGGUUUCAUUUAAAAUCUGCCUCGUUAAGGAAAAACAAUGGUAGAACGCGUAUAGAUAUACAUAUGUAUGUAUAUAUACAUAUAUAUAUAUAUAUAUAUAUAUAUAUAUAUGUACGUAUAUAAGCAUUGUAGAUACGCCAACGCGCUGGAUACUCGUUAAAGAUCCGACUUAGGUUCGAAAAAAAAAAGAAACAGAGGAAAAAGAAAAAAGGAAAAAAGGGAAGGAUAAAAAAACAUAGGGUGAAUUUAUUUAUUUAUCUUGCCGAAAACCGGUGCGCUUGCGCAUUGCUUCGCGGAGAAACAGAACGUGAUACUCCGAGGUCUGCAUGUAUACGUCCAUCUACAUGUACCGGUGAGGGGUAUAAAUA